AUGGACCCGAGAGACACGGCACCGGAUUCGUGGGAGCUGGAAGAAGACGCCGAGGCCCCUGCCGCCUCGGCGGCUCUCCCGUGCGCCUUCGCCGCACUCAACGUCAACGCCAAGCCGUUUGUUCCCAACUUCAACGCCCCGGUGUUCGUGCCGAGCUCCAUUCAAAGCACGCCCGCGGGAAUUCCUCCAUCCGACGACACGCCUGAUCAAGUUGGCAGCAUGGAGGUGGCACAGACAGUCGCUCCGGUGGAGAACGGCGGCUCAGAAGCAGACAUGGCAGCCGACGGAGAGACAUGGGAGCAGAACGAUGAGCCGGGAGGCGGCGGGGGAGGCGGCGGAAAGGAACGUCCUGGGGCGACGGGCGACUGUCAGCCCUAUGGUGCCAGCCAGGAGGAUGAGAUGAUCAUGGAGGAGGAAGAGGAAGAGAUGCCUGUGCCGAAAGUGGCGCCUUCCACGUCGGACGCCCCCAAGAAAGAACAUGUGAAUGUUGUCUUUAUCGGUCAUGUGGAUGCUGGAAAAUCAACUAUUGGUGGACAGAUCAUGUAUUUAACUGGAAUGGUGGAAAAACGAACUUUGGAAAAAUAUGAAAGGGAAGCGAAAGAAAAAAACAGAGAGACAUGGUACUUGUCGUGGGCUCUGGACACAAAUCAGGAGGAGCGAGACAAAGGCAAGACGGUGGAGGUGGGCAGGGCAUAUUUUGAGACGGAGAAAAAACAUUUCACCAUCCUGGAUGCUCCUGGACACAAAAGCUUCGUCCCCAACAUGAUCGGAGGGGCGUCGCAAGCCGAUCUGGCUGUCCUGGUGAUCUCGGCAAGAAAGGGCGAGUUUGAGACAGGUUUUGAAAAAGGUGGACAGACCCGGGAGCACGCCAUGCUGGCUAAAACGGCAGGUGUCAAGCAUCUCAUCGUCCUGGUCAACAAGAUGGACGACCCCACUGUCAACUGGAGCCUAGACAGGUAUGAAGAGUGUAAGGAAAAGCUGGUGCCAUUUUUAAAGAAGGUUGGCUUCAACCCCAAAAAGGACAUCUACUUUAUGCCUUGCUCCGGACUCACAGGUGCCAACCUUAAGGAACCCGUCUCCGAAUGUCCCUGGUACACGGGCUUGCCAUUUAUCCCCCAUUUGGAUAAUUUGCCAAACUUCACCAGAUCCAUCAACGGUCCAGUCAGACUUCCCAUCGUAGAUAAGUACAAGGACAUGGGUACUGUGAUUCUUGGGAAGCUGGAGUCUGGAACCAUCUGCAAAGCCCAGCAGUUGGUCAUGAUGCCAAACAGACACAUAGUGGAAGUACUGAGCCUCCUCAGCGAUGAGGUAGAGACUGACGACGCAUGUCCCGGGGAGAACCUGAAGAUGAGGCUCAAGGGCAUCGAGGAAGAAGAGAUCCUGCCCGGUUUCAUCUUGUGCAGCCCCGACAACCUUUGCCACACCGGCCGCACUUUUGACGCUCAGAUUGUCAUCAUUGAGCACAAAUCGAUCAUUUGUCCUGGUUACAAUGCAGUCCUUCACCUCCAUACUUGCAUUGAAGAGGUCCAAAUCUCAGCCUUAAUUUGUAUGGUGGACAAGAAGACUGGGGAGAAAAGUAAAACACGGCCACGCUUUGUUAAGCAGGACCAGGUUUGUAUCGCCAGGUUCCGGGCGGCGGGAAUCAUCUGCAUGGAGACUUUCAAGGACUUUCCUCAAAUGGGGCGAUUCACGCUCCGUGAUGAAGGCAAAACCAUCGCCAUCGGAAAAGUGCUGAAGUUGGUGCCGGAAAAAGACUAAAUGCAACAGUGGCCCAAGUUGUGUGAUUGUUCUGCUUGCCACCAGAGGAGGAAUGCUGCCAGGGACAACCACAACAGCGACUCCUCUCUUCACACUAAACUAUGCUAAAGAGAAGAAUGUCCAACAAAGGAGCAAAGAGGGGAAUUAAUUGCGUCAAAAGAAAAUAACAAGACUGGAUCAGUUUUUAUGAUGAACAUUUGAGAGUGAGAGACAGUGUCCAGUGCUCUCAUAUUGAGAGCUCUGCUAUGCCACUAAUGUAGCUACAGUACAUAGCUGAAAGCGCUGUCGGCUGGCUUUUACUAUCGGGAUGGAUGCAGUGAUAAUGAGUCUGAGGAGGACAAAAACAACUACAAAAUGAUUUUGUCUCCUACAAAGAAAAACAACACCGAUCAAUUCAAAUUUGAGGAAUGAAUUUCCAAUUUUUAAGAACGAGUGUGUAAGUCCUUUGGAUAUUUUAUUUGCUAGGUGUUGCCAUGCCAACAGUUUGUUUAGGUUCUCACACUACUCUCAUAAACCAAGGACGAACAAACGCUCACAUAAACAAACAUGCAACUGUUGCAUAUUCGAAGCCACAUGAAAAAAAUAAAAUAAUAAUGACGCUGA